AUGAAUCAGAUAGUGAAAUUCGCUCGAUUUCAAUUAAUCAGAAACCCUAACCCUAAUCCCAAAUUAUUAAACCAAAAUCUCGCACUCCUUUCAAAAUCACACGAUCAUGGCGAUUCUUUCUUCAACCUCUACAAUCAAAUGCUCUCUGAUUCUUCCUAUCAUAAUCACUAUACCUUCACCCACGCGCUCAAAGCUUGUUGUUCCUUUCACGCGCAUUCCAAAGGUAUCGAAAUCCACGCGCGGCUCAUCAAGUCCGGUCACAUCUCCGAUCUCUUCAUCAAAAACUCGUUACUCCAUUUCUACCUUUCUUCCAACGACGUCGUUUCAGCAAAGCGCGUUUUCAAAUCGAUUCCUUUCCCCGACGUUGUUUCAUGGACUUCGCUAAUUUCAGGUCUUUCAAAAUGCGGAUUUGAAUCGCAAGCUAUUGCUGCGCUUUCUUCCAUGACUGUGAAGCCUAAUGCAUUGACUCUUGUAAGCGCUUUUUCGGCUUGUUCGAGCAUUGGAGCUCUUAGAUUUGGUAAAGCGAUUCACGCUUAUGGGUUGAAGUCAUUGAUUGACGGGAAUAUUGUUUUUGAUAAUGCUGCGUUGGAUUUGUAUGCAAAAUGUAGGUCUUUGUUGAAUGCGCGGAAUGUGUUUGUGAAAAUGUCUAAAAGGGAUGUUAUUACUUGGACUACUUUGUUAAUGGCUUAUGCACGUGGUGGGCACUGUGAUGAGGCUGUUGAGGUUUUCAAACAAAUGGUGGUUAGUGGAGAAGCUGAACCUAAUGAGGCGACAAUCGUAAAUGUGUUGUCGGCUUGUGCUUCUAUAGGUUCCUUGAGUUUGGGAUGUUGGGUGCAUUCUUAUGUUGAUGAAAGGAUUGAUCUUGAUGUUGAUGGAAAUAUUGGAAAUGCAUUGGUUAAUAUGUAUGUUAAGUGUGGUGAUAUGAAAAUGGGGUUGAAAGUUUUUAACAUGGUUGUUCACAAGGAUGUUAUUUCUUGGGGUACUGUUAUUUGUGGAUUGGCUAUGAAUGGAUAUGGGAAACAAGCUGUACAGAUGUUUUCGCGUAUGUUGGUUCAUGGGGUUUUACCGGAUGAUGUAACUUUUAUCGGUUUGUUGUCUGCAUGUAGCCAUGUUGGUUUGGUUAGUGAGGGAAUUAUGUUUUUCAAAGCCAUGGGAGAUAGUUAUGGCAUUGUGCCGCAAAUGAGACAUUAUGGUUGCAUGGUGGAUAUGUAUGGACGUGCUGGUUUGUUUGAGGAAGCUGUGGCUUUCCUUAAAGGUAUGCCUGUUGAAGCUGAGGGACCUAUUUGGGGUGCUCUUCUUCUGGCUUGUAAAAUUCAUGGUAAUGAAGAGAUGUCUGAAUGGAUUAGGGGACAAAUCCGUGAUAAAAAUGUUGGUGUUGGUACUCUUGCUUUGUUAUCCAAUAUUUAUGCAAGUUCUGAAAGGUGGGACGAUGCUAAUAAGGUUCGGAAAACAAUGAGAGGCCCUGGAUUGAAGAAGAUUGGUGGAUUUAGCUGGGUUGAGUCUGAGGUUAGAAUGGAAUCAAGUUUAUGCUUUGCUUAGAGGGGUCCUAAGGGGAGAUUGCUGAAAUUAUGUAACUUUACAACCGUACCAAAUGACGAACGAUGGAAACUCUGAAGGUUGAAAGAUACCUUUGCCAAUAAUUUUCUGUAGUCAAUUCGUAGCUAGACUCAAUAUAUGAUUUAUUCCAUUCUUGGAAAUCCAAUACAAAAAGUAUAAUGUAUAUGCAACACAUAGAAUUAGACUCUCAUUGGCAAUGAUACUCAAUAACAAUAAGUUAUCUGUUUUUGUUCUGGACCCAAA